GUUUGUUCUUACAAGAUCAGAUACUUUCUCUUUUAAGUUUAAACUUCUCCAUUUGUAAUCUAGUGUUUCUGUCUUUUAUGCUCUUACCUUCCAUUACUUAUUCCCAGUUCCCAUAAAUAGUUUGCUUUGUCAAAUCUUUAAAACAUAUGAAAAUGGCUGUGCGAAUAUCAUUUUGGUUAUUAUUGGUGUGUGUAUUAGUAAUGUUCAUUAAUGGAACAUCCCAACAACAACAAGAAGGAAGUUUAGUUAAAUAUGAUGGAAGAUCUCUUAUUAUUGGUGGGGAAAGGAAGAUACUCUUCUCAGGUUCCAUACAUUAUUCUCGAAGCACUCCUCAAAUGUGGCCAUCAUUAAUAGCCAAGGCCAAAGAUGGCGGACUGGAUGUAAUUCAAACAUAUGUGUUUUGGAACCUCCAUGAGCCACAGCCGGGUCAGUACGACUUUACUGGGAGGUAUGAUUUAGUCAAGUUCAUCAAGGAAGUUCAAGCACAAGGGUUGUAUAUUUGCCUUAGGAUCGGUCCCUACAUCGAAAGUGAAUGGACUUAUGGGGGUUUCCCGUUUUGGCUGCAUGACAUCCCCGGCAUUUCAUACAGAACGGAUAACGAACCAUUCAAAUUUUAUAUGCAAAAUUUUACCACAAAAAUAGUCAAUCUCAUGAAAUCAGAGAGUUUAUAUGCUUCACAAGGAGGCCCUAUAAUAUUGUCACAGAUCGAAAAUGAAUACCAAAACGUUGAACCAGCUUUUGGUAGCAAAGGAUAUUCUUAUGUACGAUGGGCUGCUAGUAUGGCUGUCGGACUUCAGACUGGUGUUCCGUGGGUGAUGUGCAAGCAAACUGACGCUCCUGAUUCUGUGAUUAAUACAUGCAAUGGGAUGCGAUGUGGGGAAAGUUUCGCUGGGCCAAACUCUCCGAAUAAACCAUCAAUGUGGACAGAAAACUGGACUUCUUUUUUCCAAGUCUUUGGUGGGAAGCCAUACAUAAGAUCUGCAGAAGAUAUUGCAUUUCAUGUUUCACUUUUCAUUGCAAAAACUAGUGGAUGUUAUGUGAACUACUACAUGUACCAUGGAGGAACGAAUUUCGGGCAUACAGCCUCUGCUUAUGUUACAACCAGCUACUAUGAUGAAGCACCACUUGAUGAGUAUGGUCUUAUAAGGCAACCUAAAUGGGGACACCUUAGGGAGCUGCAUACUGUGAUUAAAGCUUGCUCCAAAACCUUGCUGAAUGGAAAUAAGUCCAACUUUUCCCUUGGCCAACUUCAGACGGCAUAUGUUUUCCAAGAAGACAGUGGAGGUUGUGUUGCCUUUCUUGUAAACAAUGAUACGAAAGCCAUUGCAAAUAUUGAGUUCCGGAACAGAUCAUAUCAACUUCCUCCUAAAUCAAUUAGUAUCCUUCCAGACUGUUCGAGUAUCACUUUCAACACAGCUAAGUUAACAACAGAGAUUGGAAAACGAAAUGUAAGAACAGUACAAGUAUUGAGCUCAACUACCAGCUGGGAAGUAUUUGAUGAGCAGACAGUAAAAUUUUCAGAUACCUCUUUGCAAGCAGAUGCUUUACUAGAGCAUAUGAAUGUAACAAAAGAGACAUCUGAUUAUCUUUGGUACACUGUCAGGUUGGAAGUCAAUUCUUUUUGCAGCAAACCUGUAAUUCAUGUAAAGUCUUUUGCACACGCUGCUCAUGCUUUUGUCAAUGGCAUUUAUGCUGGUGGUGCACAUGGAAAUCACGAUGUCAAGAGUUUCUUACUCGAAACCCCAAUUACGUUAGACAGUGGAGUGAAUGAUGUAUCUAUACUGAGUGAUAUGGUUGGAUUACCGGAUUCUGGUCCAUUUCUCGAGCAGAGGUUUACUGGACUAAGCGAAGUAAAUGUAAGAUGCGAAGAAAAUGAUAUCUACGAUUUAGCAGUCAAUAAUACUUGGGGAUACAAGGUUGGAUUAAUGGGAGAAGAUUUACAAAUCUAUAAAGAAGAAAAUCUUGAGAAAGUUGUUUGGACUGGAUUUGACCCUUCUGUUAAAAAGCCCAUCACUUGGUAUAAGAUGAAAUUUGAUGCGCCAGAAGGUGAUGAUCCGGUAGCUUUAGACCUAAGAACAAUGGGCAAAGGUGAAGCUUGGAUCAAUGGACAAAGUAUUGGUCGUUAUUGGGCAUCCAUGCUAACCUACCAGGGAAAACCUUCACAGACAUUGUACCACAUUCCUCGAUCGUUCCUUAAAGAGACAGAAAAUCUUUUGGUUGUGUUGGAUGAAAUUGGUGGAGAUCCCCUACAAAUUUCUGUGAACACCAUUUCCUGGACAACAAGCAAAAGCAAAAAAACAUGUUCAAAACAUGACAAGCAAGAUUAAAUACCUGAUGCCCAGAAGGAAUUCUUAUUUGACAACAGGAAAACUUACAUAAUUAAUUAUGAUUUGUCUAUUCUUCAUAUUUACAGGUAGUUCAUAAAAUAAUUUUUACCUUGUAUAAAAUGUCUUUCAGAUUAACUCUAAAUGUGAACAUCAUACCUAUGAUAGUUUUUUUUUUUUUUUUUUUCUUAAGUAGAUUUGAUUCAAUUUGGGUCUUAAUUCUGAAAUACAUGAUUUGUUAUACA